AUGUUCUCACAGGCGCUGAGGACGAGUCGCGCGGCGGGCUUGCCAAAGGCACAGUUCGCCAGGAAGGCAGUCAUGGCUCGCCGCGCUGUGACGACGGAUGCGGCGUCGGCUCAUGCGGAGAAGGAGAGUGUUCCUGAGGAGGAUGAUAAGCCGUUCCAGGUCCAGCUUUCUGAUGAGAGCUUCGAGACUUAUGAGCUUGAUCCGCCGUCGUACACGCUUGAUACUACGAAGAAGGAGUUGAAGCAGAUGUACUACGAUAUGGUAGCUACCCGCCGCAUGGAAAUGGCCGCCGACCGUCUCUACAAAGAGAAGAAAAUCCGCGGCUUCUGCCAUCUCUCCACCGGCCAAGAAGCCGUCGCCACGGGCAUCGAGCACGCCAUCACCAAAUCCGACGACGUCAUCACCGCCUACCGCUGCCACGGCUACGCUCUGAUGCGCGGCGCGACCGUUAAGUCGAUUAUCGGCGAGCUGCUGGGCCGUCGCGAGGGUAUCGCCUACGGAAAGGGAGGAUCGAUGCAUAUGUUCGCCAAGGGAUUCUAUGGUGGUAAUGGUAUUGUGGGAGCCCAGGUGCCGGUUGGAGCGGGGUUGGCGUUCGCGCAUAAGUAUAAUGGGAAUAAGAAUGUUACUGUGGCGCUGUAUGGAGAUGGUGCGUCGAACCAGGGACAGGUGUUUGAGGCGUUUAACAUGGCGAAGUUGUGGAAUUUGCCGGUGCUGUUUGGUUGUGAGAACAACAAAUACGGCAUGGGUACCUCCAUGAACCGCUCCUCAGCACUCACCGACUACUACAAGCGCGGCCAAUACAUCCCCGGCCUCAAAGUAAACGGCAUGGACGUCCUCGCCGUCAAAGCGGCCGUCGCCCACGCCAAAUCCCACGCCGUCUCCGGCCACGGCCCCGUCGUCCUCGAGUACCUCACCUACCGCUACGGCGGACACUCCAUGUCCGAUCCCGGAACCACCUACCGCACUCGCGAGGAGAUCCAGCGUAUGCGCUCUACCAACGAUCCGAUCGCGGGUCUCAAGUCGAGGCUGCUGGAUUGGGAAGUCGUCAGCGAGGAGGAGCUGAAGGGGAUUGAUAAGCAGGCGAGGAGUGAUGUUGAUAAGGAGGUUGCGGAGGCGGAGAAGAUGGCUGCGCCGGAGGCGUCGGAGAAGAUCCUGUUUGAGGAUAUUUAUGUUAGGGGGAGUGAGCCGGAGUUUAUGAGGGGGAGGACGGUGGAUGAGACGUACUACUAUUAG